AACCCAGAACGAUGCCGUUCAGCGGCCUGUUUCCAGUGUUUCAUUUUCUUCCUCGUGUGGGUUCGAGCCGUACACUUAUGCUUAGAUUGCGCACAAUCUGAACGAAAAGGAAAAACAAAAGCCAAAGCAGAGAAGAGAGAGAGAGAGAGAGAGCGUGCAACGGUCGAAGCAUCUAAUCAUAUUGUUCUUCACGAGAAAAAGCUCGAACCCAUCAAACCUCUCUAUCCAUUUUUUUUUUUAUUAUUAUUUUUGGGGUUUUGAUUGAGGAGCUAAAAUGAGGGAGAACGGAAAAGAAAACCAAAGGGAAAGAAAUUGAGAAAGUAUCUGCCAGACUGCCAAUGCCUUUUCUUCAGCUUCCUUUUUGAGCUUCAAAACAAUGGCCGACGAUCUCUGUUCCUUCAACAAGGAUAUUUUUGUCAUAAAGGUACCCAAGAAAUCUCCAUUGGCGUUGAGGAUGAUUGUCUUGGUCUUUGCGAUGGUCUGUGGCGUGUAUAUAUGCUCAAUUUGUGUGAAGCAAAUUAGCACACACAGCAAGGUCGGAUUUCUGAAUAUCCCAUUGAUCCAAAAGCCGUGUCCAGAACCAUAUAUCGAACCAUGGGAAAUUCCUUACGUGCACUACCCUAAACCAAAAACUUAUAGCAGGGAUGAAUGUGCAUGUAAUCCCGUGCGGUAUUUUGCCAUUUUGUCAAUGCAGAGAUCUGGGAGUGGAUGGUUUGAGACAUUGUUAAACAAUCAUACUAACAUAAGCUCUAAUGGUGAGAUUUUCUCUGUUAAAGUUAGGAGAAGUAAUAUUUCAACAAUCGUUGAGACUUUGGACAAAAUUUAUAAUCUCGACUGGCUCAAUAGUGCCUCAAAGAAUGAGUGUACAGCCGCAGUUGGCUUAAAGUGGAUGCUUAAUCAGGGUCUGAUGCAACAUCAUGCAGAAAUAGUAGAGUACUUUAAUACUCGGGGAGUUUCGGUUAUAUUUCUCUUCCGAAGGAAUCUUCUGCGUAGGAUGAUUUCAGUACAGGCAAAUUUGUACGAUCGAGAUGCGAAGCUAUUAAAUGGAACGCACAAGUCUCAUGUGCAUUCACCCCAUGAGGCAGAGAUACUUGCAAAGUACAAGCCUAUACUCAAUGCAACAUUACUGAUUCCAAAUCUGAAGCAAGUGGAAGAGACAACUGCCAAAGCUUUGGAGUAUUUUAAGAGCACCCGGCACAUCAUUCUAUACUAUGAGGACGUAGUUAAAAACCACACUAUAUUGAUGGACCUUCAAGAUUUCCUGAAGGUUCCACAUAGGGAGUUAAAGAGUCGUCAGGUGAAGAUACACAAAGGUUCUCUAUCUAAUCAGAUAGAGAAUUGGGUUGAUGUCGAAAAGACGCUCAAGGGAACUCAUUAUGAAAGUUUCCUCCAUGCAGACUAUUGAAAGUAAAGCACUGGUGAUGUAUAUAGGAUGCUCCGUUCUUUAACCCUUUUCUUUUUUGCCACAGGGAUCCAACAGGACACCACCCUGUUGAAAUUUUGGCCGUGGCACUUGCGUUUUGCUUUCAGCUUCUUCUUCUUUUUUUUUCCCUUCCCAACUAAUAUUUUAUUGAUUCUUUUCUUUUUACCGUUCCUUUUUGUAUGAACUUUGAGCUGAUCAAGAAUGAAAAAUGCAGUUUCACCAAGGAAAA